AUGGGGGUCGAGGAUCAUGAUCUGAAGCCGGUGCAAUCCACACGGUCGAUCGCGGAGAAUUUUUCACCUCUCCGCGAGACACUGUUCGUCACGCUGGUAUGCAUGGCACAAUUCAUGACACAGACUAAUGUCGGCGUUUGUCUUCCAAGUCUCGAUAUUCUGGGAGAGAGCUACGGGAUCAAUGAUCCUGGUAUUUUAAGUUGGAUCCUAGCAGGUUACUCGUUGACCGUCGGCACCUUCAUCAUCAUUUUCGGAAGAUGUGGUGAUCUCUUCGGAUAUCGCCGAAUGUUCCUCAUUGGAUUCAUAUGGCUCGCAGUCUGGUCGCUGGUCGCUGGAGUCAGUAUUUAUUCAAAUUAUAUCCUUUUCAUCAUCGCGCGUGUGCUGCAGGGUAUCGGCAGUGCGAUGCUAUUGCCCAACGGACUGGCUAUUUUGGGUGCGACUUAUCCGCCCGGGAAGAAAAAGGCCAUGAUUUUCGCCCUAUUUGGCGCUGUUGCUCCUAACAGUGCUCUUCUUGGAGCCGUUUUUGGAGCUAUCUUCGCGCAGCUUGCCUGGUGGCCGUGGACAUUCUGGACUCAGGCCAUCGUGUCAGUUGUUUGUGCUAUUUUAGGUUUUAUUGUUGUGCCCUCAAUUCAUCAUAAUGACCAAGAGAAAAUCAGCACUUUUUCUCAUCUUCUCAAGGCACUCGACGCGACGGGAGCAGCUUGUGGGAUCGGUGGACUAGUUCUGGUGAAUAUUGCCUGGAAUCAAGCACCCGUCGCCGGUUGGAGCACACCAUACGUCUAUGUGCUUUUAAUUCUCGGAAUCCUGUUACUUGCCGCAUUUUUUGUUAUCGAAUUCCGGUUUGCGGAGCACCCUCUUAUUCCAUUUCAUGCAUUCAGCCGUGACGUUUCAUUUGUUUUGGGCUGCGUCGCAUGUGGCUGGGGCGCCUUCGGCACCUGGAUUUGGUAUUUCUGGCGUUUUGAAAUCGAGUUUCGGAAAGCAAGUCCACUUCUAGCAUCUGCCCAGUUUGUCCCAGUCUCUCCAAUGGGUAUCGCUGCUUGUUUCGUUACGGGUUUCUUAAUAGCUCGAUUGCGCCCAGGGUGGAUCAUGAUCAUGUCGAUGACCGCAUUCACGCUGGGGAAUAUCCUCACCGCAAUCGCGCCAGUGAACCAGACUUACUGGGCUCUGACUUUUAUCUGCCUUCUCGUUAUUCCCUGGGGUAUGGAUAUGUCUUUCCCUGCGGCGACAUUGAUGCUGUCCAAUUCCGUGGAAAGAAAACACCAGGGAAUCGCUGCAUCAUUAGUGACGACAGUCGUCAACUACAGUAUUUCAUUAAGCCUUGGCUUUGCAGGCACUGUGGAAACACACGUCAACAAUGGGGGAAAGACACCGGAAGAUGUCCUGAAGGGUUACCGUGGAGCACUGUACUUUUCAACCGGGCUCGGGGGGGUUAGGCAUUUUCCUCAGCGCGAUCUUCACGAUGAAGUGUUAUUGGGAGGACAGCCGGUCAAAGCAAGGCGGGAAGGCGGAGGAUUCGGAGGGAUCGCUCUCGUCUGA